AUGGUGACAACCAAAGCCAGAAAUUCAGGAGGAACAUCUAUCGGAAGAGCGUUGGGAAAAGGAACAAAAGGGACAACAAAUGCACUACAAAAAGGAAAAAUUGCAUCGAUCAAACAAGAAGGAAAAAGUCCUGCUGUCCAACGUUCAAGAUCUGUGAGCCCAACGUAUACCAAAGAACAAUUAGAAGAAGCAGAAGGGCGUCAAUCGCUUGAACCAAAUGACUCUCGCUACAAUGCCCUUUGGAAAGAAACACAAGAAAAGAUGGGAAUGCCUAAGCAUAAACCUAUACACAGCGACAAUAUGAACAGAAUACAACAUAUCCUUCGAGUAUUCGAUUUGGAUCCCUCUUACGGACCUUGUUUGGGCAUGACAAGAUUGGAACGAUGGGAAAGAGCGGAGAAACUUGGCGAUGAACCUCCAAGUGAGAUUAGAGAAAUCUUGGAGACCAAGGAAGGAAUCUUGGACUUAAAGUAUUCUGUCCUUCACGACAAAGGAGUUUGA